UCUCGCUCCUUCCCUUCCCUUCCCUUCUUCCUUCUUCAUCAUUUUUCACACAAAGAAAAAUACAGAGUGCGACAAAGUGAGGUGUAGCAGAAGCAAUAAUGAUGGAGGCUUCUCUGAAAUGGUCAUUCAUCGUUUUCGUUCUGACUAUGGUGCUGCUUUUAUCUAGCGCCAAGCCAUUGAAUGGGGAUGAAAAUGAGAAAGGCCGUCUUGUAAUGUCAAGGAAUGUAGAAACAGAGAAGUUGCAGAAUUUGAAGAAUUCAUCAAUGGCGGACAGGUUAAACGAUGCUCCAAAUGAACACGCAGUGGAUAAUCCAGAGGAGAUAGCUUCCAUGGUUGAUAUGAGCAUACGCAAUCAUACUGAAAGAAGGAAUCUGGGUUUCUUCUCAUGUGUGACUGGAAAUCCAAUUGAUGACUGCUGGCGCUGCGACAAACUUUGGCACAGACGGCGAAAGCGUUUGGCCAAUUGUGGGAUUGGGUUUGGACGUAAUGCCAUAGGUGGCCGUGACGGUAGGUUCUAUAUUGUGACUGAUCCAAGUGAUGACGAUCCUGUCAACCCAAGACCAGGUACCCUGCGCCAUGCGGUUAUUCAAGAUAGACCCUUAUGGAUUGUGUUCAAGAGGUCCAUGGUUAUCACUUUAAAGCAAGAGCUUAUCAUGAACAGCUUCAAGACCAUAGAUGGUCGUGGAGUGAAUGUGCACAUUGCCUAUGGGGCUUGCAUUACUAUACAAUUCAUCACCAAUGUCAUCAUCCAUGGUUUACAUAUCCAUGAUUGCAAACGAACUGGUAAUGCAAUGGUUCGUAGCUCACCAACUCAUUAUGGUUGGAGAACUAUGGCUGAUGGAGAUGGCAUUUCCAUUUUUGGUUCAAGCCACAUUUGGAUUGACCAUAAUUCAAUGUCUAAUUGCGCUGAUGGCCUUGUUGAUGCAAUUAUGGGGUCCACUGGUAUUACCAUUUCCAACAAUUACUUCACCCACCACAACGAGGUUAUGCUACUGGGCCACAGUGAUACAUAUGUAAGAGAUAAGCAAAUGCAAGUAACCAUUGCCUACAAUCAUUUUGGGGAGGGUCUUAUCCAGAGAAUGCCGAGGUGCAGGCAUGGGUAUUUCCAUGUGGUAAACAAUGACUAUACCCACUGGGAAAUGUAUGCAAUUGGUGGAAGUGCUAAUCCCACAAUUAACAGCCAAGGCAACCGAUACCUUGCCCCUCGAAACCGUUUUGCUAAGGAGGUGACAAAGAGAGUGGGUACAGACACAAGGAUAUGGAAGCACUGGAACUGGAGGUCAAUGGGAGACCUUAUGUUGAAUGGAGCCUACUUCACUUCAUCAGGAGCUGGUGCUGCAGCAAGUUAUGCCAGAGCCUCCAGUUUAGGGGCCAAGUCAUCUUCCAUGGUUGGUAUCAUUACUUCUGGAGCUGGUGUUCUUAACUGCCGCAGGGGCUUCACCUGUUAAAACCACAAAAUUCUAAAAAAAAAAAAAGGAUAAAGGAAAGGAAGGAAGGAAGAAAAUGAAGUUGUUUUCAUUCUUUCUCCUACUUGAUUGCAUUAUUAUAGAUAUGCAGAGUGAGAUGCUGUUGAGGACACAUCAUCUGUUUGUCCUUCCCACUAAGGUGCUGGUGGAAAUGUAAAUUUUACAUGUCCCAAUUGUUAUCAAAUUGAUAACAAUGCUUGUGUUGAAGAAGCCAUUUGUUUCUCCCACUUUCUGAGGACUCCUUCUUCAGACUCCACAAAUUCAUUUCCAGGGGAAGCAGAUUCUACAGAACUCGUCUCUUUGAUCAUUAUUUGUUUAACCUUCUUCAGAGAAAACUCUUGAUUUGUUCCAAAUGAGAUGAGCCAAAGGAGUAGAGGAGAGAUGUAUUACUAUAAUAGUUAGGUGUGUAAUUUUCUUCAAAUCGAAGUUUAAUUUUCUUGCA